AAAAAGGAUUCUGGGUAAUCCAAGAUGGCAGAUGAGGAAAAGAAUUAUAGCAGUUACAUAACCGAGUGCUGAUGCGGUCGGGGCCCUGACAGUAGGAGAGUUGGCAGUGGGGCUGCACGUAUUCACACUCUGACCGAACAUUCCCCAUCGUGCUGUCAGCCUGGGCGAGGGGCGUUGCUGGCCAGGCACAGCUGCAAUCGUCUCAUUGAAAGGAGAAUACAGGACAGGUUAUGAACCAGCAACUUCGAAAAUGCAGAAGAGCCAGACCGAGCACCUCUAUAAAAUAUUAGUCAUCGGCGAUCUGGGUGUAGGAAAGACCAGUAUUAUCAAGCGUUACGUGCACCAAAACUUUUCUCAACAUUACCGAGCUACGAUUGGCGUAGAUUUCGCUCUCAAAGUACUCCACUGGGACUCAGAGACUGUAGUUCGAUUGCAGUUAUGGGACAUAGCGGGUCAAGAACGAUUUGGGAACAUGACAAGAGUAUACUAUAGAGAAGCUUUUGGAGCAUUUAUUGUCUUUGACGUUACGCGAGCCACAACGUUUGAAGCAGUGUCCAAAUGGAAAGAUGACUUAGACUCAAAAUUAACUCUCCCUAAUGGCAAACCUGUCUCAGUUGUCCUACUGGCAAAUAAAUGUGAUCAAGGGAGUGAGUUCUUAGCUGCCAAUCCUGGAAAGAUGGAACAGUUCUGCAAGGAUCAUGGAUUUGUCAGCUGCUUUGAAACUUCAGCAAAGGAAAAUGUCAACAUUGAUGAAGCAGCUCGAUGUUUGGUCAAACACAUCAUGGCUAGUGAAAAUGAUCUUGCACAAUCUGUUGAGUCGGAUGUUGUCACCCCAGCACUCAAUUCCUUCAGAAGCAACAGCAGUUGCUCUUCCUGUUUUAAGUCUUAGAUUGGGAUCUUGCUGUAACAGGCCAGUUACGGCUUCCGUACUUAUGUUUGUAUUUGCAAUAAGAACAUUAUUAACUGGAAUCUGAUGGGUAGUGGAAUUUUGACAAAUAUGAAUGAGUGGAAAUUUCAAUUACAAUAACUUGCAAUGAUGUAGCCCAUGUCUAACAGAAAAUAAAUCAUUCCCAGGGCUUCACCGGGUUAAGAAAAGGCAGUUUAUGUCACAAAAAAGUGUCAACAAAAUGUCUAAUUUUGGACCACGCACUGUCUUUAUUUUGUAUUCAACAGUACAAGAGGAUAUAAUUCAACUUUGACAGAGGUAGGAAAGGGAUCAUGCAGAUGGGUUAUUCCAGUGGAAAGGAAUGUUGGUAGGAUAUAUAUCAGGCAACUGAUCUACCCCUGCCCAUUCUGUACACCAGCCAGAGGUAAAUUUUAUCUUCUAUGUGUCAUUUCCAUCUGCACGUGUACGAGCCACAAUAUAAUUACAUACUUUUGACAGCAUUUCAUGAUUUCAUAAGAGUUUGCCAAACUUAUUGUGAUGACCACUGCCAUCUCACUUGCCAUUCCAUUUAAAAAAGAAUUAAGCCAUGAAGACUGGUGUAUCUGUGAGGGAAGAAGAGGAAGGUGAUAUUGAACACAGUGCUUUGAGGAAGCUAAAUUAAUGUGUGCAUGGUUGAUUUGGUUACUUAAAAUGCAUUUGUAAUGAUUUUAUCCUAACUCAUUCAUGCUGUAUGACUCAUUAUCUCAUUCAAGCUGGUUCAGUUGUCAUUUUGGUUUCCUUCCUCUCCUUUUUUCCUCCACUGAAAGUCUUAAUUCUACAAUUGUUGCUCAGUUGGUAGCACCUUUGCCUCUUCAUCAGAAAGCUUUGUUUCAAGUCUCACAUGAGGUACUUGAUCAUAUCCAAUGGUGUUUGACAAACAUUUCAGUCUGAUGAUUUAAAGGUAGUAGAAAUGUUGGGAGUGGAAGUUAGGACUUAUCCAAGUAAUUGACAUUAAUUGAUGAAACCUAAUUUUUAAUCCUAGUGAUCAUCCUGUAGUCAAACCUUCCUAGUCUGAUAAUGACCUGUUUAUUUGUUUCUUUUUCCAUUAAGUCAUCCUUAAUCUAUGCUAAUAUUUUACCCCAAAUCCCAUAAAUUGUGAUCCUAUUUUACAACCUCUUAUGUAGCACCUUUCAAAAUACCCUCUGAAAAUCCAAAUAUACAAUCUCCAUUGCUUUUCUUAAAUAUUCCAUUCAGAGUGCAUUCUCAAAAGAACUCAAACAGAUUUGUCAAACAUAAUUUCCAUUUCAUAAAACUUUUCAUUCUGCCUAAUUAUGUUACUAUUUCGCAAGUGCCAUUUACAAACUACGUUAGAUUCUGUCAUUUUCCUUAAUACCAGGCCAGAGAACCUGUCAAAACAAUUCAGAUAUUCUUGAACUAAGGUGAUCAACCCAGAUUCCCCUUACCCAAUGAGAUGUGUUUCCUCACUUUCUGUAGCUGAGUGGCAAAUCAAACAUAUAAUUCAGUUCCAAAUCUCUUAAGCACAACAGUAUUCAAUUCUCAACCAUUCAUCAAAAUUUUGGCUAAGACACAAACAUAGGGGAAAAUCUCAUAUCAGUUACCUUUUAUGAUAUUGUACACCGGUGUACAUAUUAUUGUUACUCUUUGGGGGCAUAUUUCUUUGGAACUUCUAAGUUUGAAAUUGUAAGUUGGGCAGAAACUUAGUUAUAUGUAUAAAUCAUGUUGUCUUCAUUGAAAGUAAUGGGAAUAGAAGCUUUGAUGAGAUUCACCCACGCUGACGUGCAAAAUAUUCAUGGAUGUGCAAAAGAGACUAAAUUAUUGCUUUCAACCACACAGUGUGUUCCUUCCAGUUUUCAUUUCACCUCUUAUUCUAA